AUGGCAAGUUUUGGACGAAAACCAUGGCCUGUGGGACGAGUGUAUCGACAUCCAAUCCCUGUGGGCCGGGUGCCCGCGUUGGGUGAAGACAAGACGAGUUCUGAUUUGGCAGCGCUUGGCCUACUGUCGCCCAGCCAUCUGCAGCUUGAUGCGCUGGCAGCCGACCCCCGCGGACGCCAACCGGCCCCAAACCAUGCCAUCGACAGCAACCGUGAUGCCGUCCUGUCAAAGCAGGAAUUUAAAAGCCACUUUGACACGGAGGUUGCUGAGCAGAGUGCAGCCACUGCAGCGGCCACGACCGAAGUCUCAGAGGUGGUGAGUUUCGCAGAGAUGCGGGCGACACCGACCAUGGUCCAGACUCCAUGGGCAAAGUCCGCGCCGAGUGGGGCCGAGACUGAGAACUUGGUGCUGCACCUCGCCCCCGACGAGGAGCCCGCAGAUGUGACCAACGCCCUGCAGGCGGCUACCGCAGGAGCAGCGAGCUCUGUGGCAGGCUGCGUUGAAGGCGCCGUCGACACCGCAGCUGCGCAAGAGUCGGAUGGCAGCAGGAAGGCUCAACAAGCCGGGGCGGAUGAGGGGUCCUCUGGUGCAGUGGAUCUGACGCCGUUCGACGCUCCGCUGCAGGAUCUCACGCGGAAACAGAAGCAAAAGCUCAAAAAGAAGUUGCGACGGCGGACCAAGGGCCAGAAGUUGAUGGCAGAGCCAGGCUGCACAAACGAGGCAGAGGCCCAUUUGAGCGAUCACUUUGGCUUCAUCCUGGGCCGUCUUGUCGUCCCGUUUCUGAAUGCACGUGGGCUUCCUCGUUUGAGAGGUUGCUGCACUGAGCUAUCUGAUCUAGUUGUGCAGUACGUGAUGAGCGAAGCCGACGACGAGGAGGCAAAGAUGGCCAGCAGAUUGCUGAAACCGACGUCCCCGGACUUCAGCAAAGCCUGGGUCGCCGAGCAGAAGAAGCGAAAACGGAUGCUCUACGAGAGAGCAAUCAAAGCCGAACUCCAGCUCUUUCCGGGCACGGAGCGAGUGCGUAAGGUGGAAGCUGCCGUCUCCUGCGCAGCGCGGUUCAAGAUGAUGCGACCAAUGGUCGCCUUGGAGGAGGUUGGUCCGGCUGCCGACUUCGGAUCCUUGUGCCUUGGCUGCCAUGGGAGCGCGUUUCUCGGGGUGGGCGUGCCGGGCGUGCCGGUCGCCGAGCGUGGAGCCCACCUCAAGGCGCCACUGCCGCUGCCCACCCCCACUGCAACUUCCGCCAGGAUUGGCAAGGAUGGCACCCUCAGCAAGAAGGUUGCCUUCAGGAUGCUGAAGCAGCUCGGGUGCGAAGUGCUCUCGGAUGAGGAUGGCGAGGCCCGGUACGUUCAGGUGGGCAUCAAAACUCAGCCGGUGCUCUUCAAGAUGCUUGUGGAGCUGGGCCACGCGCCCCGGCGCGGCGAAGAUGGCGAAUUCAUGGUUCAAGUUGUCGAGCAACGCGGGCGAAAGCCGGAGGAAGUUGUCGCAGCCCUGUCGGCACCCCGGAAGCCGCCUCGAGCUCCCCGGCAGGAGCCCGAAGACGAAGGCUACCCUUCCAUGCCUCGUCCUCGCCUGAAGCCGGAGGAUGCGCAGCUUCUCGUCAACCGUCUCUACAAGGUGCCGAGAAGGCCUCCUGCAGAGGUGAAGGCGGAUGCUGCGAAGCCGCGGCGGACUGCGGCGGAGCAGCGCGCCUACCUCGACCGCUUGGUGAAGCCUCGGGCUGAGGAGACGCAGGCUCCGGAGCUGGACGAAGUGAUCCUGGAAGCGGGCAGGCGGCUCCUGAAGAACGGGAUCACUUGGCCGAGCUUCUCCAGUCCCUCCGAAAGCCGAGCAAAGAAGGCACAGAGCCGCACGAGGCUGGCACAGGCCGGAGCUUUGGCCAUCUCGAGCACAGAGCCCAAGGACGUUCGAGGGCCGCAGUCCAUGCACUCUCGCUUGCGCCUGCCGCGCUCCCGGCCUUCCUCUGCGGAGCUCAGACGCCGCGACUCCGGGGUCGCCCCGCCUCUCCAGACCCUCCAGCCGCUGCAGCCGCUUCAAGCACUGGAGGCACUGGAAAGCGUGCUGCCCAAGAGCCCUCCACCGGAGAGUCCUCCGCCGCCUGCGGAGCAGGAGGUCUCGGCAGGAGGCCUGGAGCAGGAAGAGACGCCGAUAUGGCCGACGGCAAAAUACGCCGCAUUACGCCAGAUUACGCCGCAAUGA